UCUCUCUCUCUCUCUCUCGCGAACUAACUCCUCCCUCCUACCGAGCGUCUCCCUCGCGGCGGCCGCCCCUCCGCCGCCAGCGCGCAGCCGGCCGCGCACAUCUCCUCCGCUGCAGGCGCGCCUUCUCUCCGCUGGCCGCGCACUGCUCCUCCGCCGCCCGCCUAGAGCCCCUCCGCCGUCCGUCCCGUUCCAUCUCCAGCGUGCCACCCCUCCGGCCAACCAAACACACCCUGUGCGUUCCUCGGCUCCCGGUGAUCCCAUAAUCUCGUCCCCAACUACCCGUCGAAUCCAUCAAGCUGACCCCCCAAGCUGACUGUUGAUUAGCAGACCUUCUAUUUAAGCUCUGCAUACCCACACUUGGAAUCGGGCUCUGCAGCUCCGCGAUUCCUGGUUCGGCCCACAGCUCCCAUGGACGACGACGGGGAUCACUACGGCGGCGGAGAAGGAAGCAUCACCCUGCGCUGCAAUGAGUGCUCCGCCACCGAAGUCUACAGCCCCGACGAUGCCGUGGACGGCUUCUUCUCGUGCCGCCGGUGCUACGCCGUCCAUACCUCCACCCAGGUGACCGCCACCGACCCCAACGAUUUCAACGACAGUAUGCCUUUUCUACGCCGUGUACCUACCCAGACACCUCAAACUCCCGCGCCCUACCGAACUCCUCACCCCGCGCAUGGCGGCCCAACCGCUCGCCCAUUCGAUGACUUUGAUGAGCCGAGCGCGCCUCAGGACUUCGCGCCUGGCGCUGAUGCUUGGGGCAAUCCCGAGGAGCUGGUGGCGCAGGUCCGGCGGCGCUAUGUGCUGGGGUUGCAAGUGAUCCUGCAGCGGCAGCUGGAAGUGCUGGUGGAGAGGCACCGUGUGGGUGCGCUCAUCUGCGGCGUUGCUGGAACAAUUUGGGUGCGGUUGGUGGCCGCGUCCAAGGUGUUCGAUGAAAUGUGGCCGCAGAAGGUGCUCGCUCAGGACGAGGCUGUGGAGAAACUGAAACGCUCUGCCAGUGAAGGUGACCAGAAACCUCACCAGGUGAAGUAUGAAUUGGCUGAUGCAGCCUUGGCUCGAAAAGGUACCAGAAAAAGGUGCGAGUUCAUCUUUCUGCGCUCAUUGAGGACGAUGCUGCCACUGUACUCAACAUUGGCUGUUUCUUUCUUGGCUUGUCAUAUUGCCCGGGAAGCCAUCCUACCUACUGAUAUUUCCAGGUGGGCAACUGAGGGUAAGCUUCCUUAUGUGGCAGCAUUUACAGAAGUGGACAAGCUCUUGGGGAGCGCUCUAAAAUGUCCUUUGGAUGCAAGACAACUAUUCAGGCCAGUUCGAGUGAUUGGAACAUGGCAACUGGAAGCCGCAGCUGGGUCCAUAGCACAAAGAAUAGGCCUGCGUCUUCCUUCAGUUAAUUUCUAUGCUAUUGCUCAACGCUACUUGAAUGAGUUGUCUCUGCCAGUAGAAAGAAUCCUCCCUCAUGCAUGCCACAUAUAUGAGUGGGCUAUGCCUGCAGAACUAUGGUUGUCUAGUAAUUCGGAUAGGAUCCCUACACGGGUAUAUGUAAUGGCCAUACUAAUAGUGUCUCUAAGAUUUCUGUACAACAUUAAUGGUCAAGGGAUAUGGGAGGAGAUCUGCGAGGCAGGAAUAACUGCAGGUGGGUCUGACCCUGAUGCAAAUUCACUACCAUCUAUGAAGCCUGAAUGCAGGACCAAUGCAUUUGGCACAAAAGAGUUGCUCUGCACUCUUGCAGAGGCUUGUGAUAAAAUUGAUGUUGGACAUGACUAUUCGAAGGACCUUCGCUCUUAUCUCAAAUAUUGCAAAGAUGUCGUUUUUCCUGGGAUUGCAUAUUCAGUUGAGGAGGCGCAUUUAAUAGAGAUCUUUCAUGAUAUGUACAAAGCAGGAGAGGAUGAUAAUCCAAAAGUGCACAUGGAGGAAAUGCAAACUACGAAUGGAGUGAAUAAACGCUGCCAGGAUGGAACAUUUGUUGGUGCAAGGCGCUUUUCUACAUCAUCAGGGAUACAAAGGAUUAAGUCAGAAAUGGAAGAUCAUGGAUUUUGUUAUAUGCCGCCAGGGAGGGGGCUAAGAUCAGAUAAUUAUCUUCACUAUAGAAGGAAGACAGUAUCUGGCAGUCUUGUUUCCGUUUCACAUGCUGAUUAUUACAUAUUGAUACGCGCCUUUGCAAAGCUUGCAGAAGUUGAUAUUAGGAUUAUUCAUGCCAGUGUGCUAAAACUUGAGCGGAGGCUUGCCUCGAUAGAAAAACGAAUAGGCAGAAGCUUGGAUGCCUUGCAAAAUCUACCUAGCCUCGCAAAUGGUUAACCUAUCCAUGUACAUUGGCAUUCUCAUUCCUGAAAAUGGUUUAGCAUCUGUAACUGUGUGGGUGGCUUCAUUCCAGAGUUACUCUAUGUAGAUGACCCUAUGUGUACUCCAUCUCGUAAUUGUUUAUUGGACCAAGAGGUGCUCUUCAUUAAUUAAACAGGCUACACUUUAUAAUUUUAUUAUUUUA